CACGCCCACAGUUUCCUCUCGCGUCGCACGUCGUGUCGCAAGGAAACUGUAGCCAAUAAGGAGGCGGGAGUGAGGGCCGGUUAGCAGUCGCCGGCAGCCGCUGCGAUCCUGAAGACAGUUUUCUGGCGCUGCCGCUCCUUCGUCGCUCAGGCAUUGCGGAGAGUUCAGUUCGCGCAAUUAAAUUCCGGGCUCAUCCUGCAGACCUUGAAGGAUAAGCAUCCGCAGCGCUGGGAGAGCAGAUUCCGACCUUCUUCGCUAUUCCCACCCAGCGGCCACAGUCCUGACGUUUUCCUUGGGAGCACGAAAGUUGAACUGCACCACUUAGAAGAAUGGAGGCUGAUGCAUCUGUCGACAUGUUUUCAAAAGUCUUGGAGAACCAGCUGCUGCAGACUACCAAACUAGUGGAAGAACAUCUGGAUUCUGAAAUUCAGAAGCUGGAUCAGAUGGAUGAAGAUGAAUUGGAACGGCUCAAAGAGAAGCGACUUGAGGCCCUGAAGAAAGCGCAACAGCAGAAACAAGAAUGGCUUUCAAAAGGACAUGGGGAAUACAGAGAAAUCCCUAGUGAGAGAGACUUUUUUCAAGAAGUAAAGGAGAGUAAGAAGGUGGUUUGCCAUUUCUACAGAGACACCACGUUCAGAUGUAAAAUCUUAGACAGACAUCUGGUGAUACUAUCCAAGAAACAUCUUGAGACCAAGUUUUUGAAGCUGAAUGUGGAAAAAGCUCCCUUCCUGUGCGAGAGACUGCGCAUCAAGGUCAUCCCCACGCUGGCGCUCGUGAAGGACGGCAAAACACAAGAUUACGUUGUCGGGUUCACUGACCUGGGCAACACAGACGACUUCACCACAGAAGCUCUGGAGUGGAGACUGGGCUGUGCUGACAUCCUCAACUACAGUGGAAAUUUAAUGGAGCCACCAUUUCAGAGCCAGAAGAAAUUUGGGACAAACUUCACAAAGCUGGAAAAGAAAACCAUCCGAGGAAAGAAGUAUGACUCAGACUCUGAUGAGGACUAGGGCUCACUUUCAAUACUUCGUAAAUUAUGUUUCUGUUUACUUCAGACUUCAUGUGUUUCUAAAAUUCUAUGAUUUUAACAUACCAUUGAUCAUCUGAUGUUCAUAUCCUGGAUUUUUAUAUAGCCCCGCCACCCUGAAAGGCAUCCUUACCGUUUUCUGUGUGGCCGUCAGGUUCAAGUUGAACACUUCUGAAUUCUGAAAUCACCUGGGGAGGGUCUAGCUUCUCUGUCAUUGAGAUUGGUUUUUAUCACAGUGUGAUUCUUACAUCUUUAUACCAUUCACAGUUGCGUUUUUAAUCUACUGAGCUAGAAAUAGAAAAUCCAGCCAACUAUUCCAGGACUGAGGCUUACCCAGUGCUGUUUCCAUCACAGGUCUGGGAACAUUUACUGGUGUGGCACACUGCACUUGUAAGUGAACAGGAACUAUAAGCACUUCACUUGUGGAAUUUAUUUAAAUAGCUAUUAGAGAACCACUUAUUCUGGAUGCUGCAGGUUGCUGUUGCGUCAACUGGUGCAGCAGAAAGCUAUUUCAGGUUGUGAACAUAUUGCCUUACUUAACGGGUCCUCAUGGCUUGUAUUUAAGACAGGCAUUUAAGGGUAAUCAGGAAACACUUGGAAUGGCGACAUGAGGAAAUCCACUGACUCAAUAAAACAACCAUAAUUGGUAAAAAUUGUCUUAUUUUUAAAGUUUAAGUCUUUGGGAAAUCUCACAAGGGCAUACAGCAAACAUUUAUUUAAGA